GUUCUACCCAUACGCCCGCCGCGUCUCGGGCGACUUCGGGGCCACGGUCGCCCUCUGCGAGUUCCGGAGCGCCCUGUCGCACCCAGGCUCGCGGGUGCCAGCGGAUUCAGUGGCCGACGCGGGGCGCUGCGUGCGCUAUAUCCAGGACAAGGCCGAUGAGUUCGAGAUCGACCCGUCCAAGGUCGUCCUCGCUGGGGCCAGCAGCGGGGGCCAGGUGGCCGCGAUGGCGGCACUGGCCAGCCCUGGGCUGCAGCUCUCGGGCCUGGUGCUGUUCAACCCCGUGCUGGACAUGCGCUUCGCGGAGGCGUGGUGGCAGCGGUCGCCGAUGGUGUGGCUGGGCUACUGGAUGCUGCGGCUGUGGCAUCGCCCCUGUGAUCUGGACGCUCUCUCCCCGCUGCGGCGCGUCCGGCGGCUGCCCUAUUGGGGCUGGCGGUUCCGACGGUGA